AUGUGCAUGCCAGAUGCCAAGAUCAUCACAUUCCGCCCAUUCUACUUAUCUACGGGCUUCCGAUUCUCUAUAUCGCGGUUCUUCAAGAGAGUGUUCCAUACCAUGGGGUGCUUGUGCAAGGAUAAACUAUUUGACAGCCUCAACCUCACCCUCAGCCCCAAGCUUUUGAAAGAUGAAGCCAUAACCUUACGAGCAAGGGAUGUGUCUCCGUUAAGAAAGAAGCCGAGAAUUCCUUCUGUUGUAAGUCUUCUUCGAAGGUGGUUUCGUCUGCCAGGAUCAAGCACACUCUAG